CCGCGCGGCGGCGCCGGAAGUGUGACGUUGCCGUGGCGGCGCCCGCUCCGCAGCAAGAUGUCGGCCCCGAGCAGGCAGGACAUCAGCUCCAUCUUCAAGCGGCUGCGCUCGGUGCCCAGCAACAAGGUUUGCUUUGACUGUUCAGCUAAGAACCCUAGCUGGGCGAGUAUUACCUAUGGAGUCUUUCUCUGCAUCGACUGUUCUGGGACACAUCGAUCACUUGGUGUUCAUUUGAGUUUUAUCAGGUCCACAGAAUUGGAUUCUAAUUGGUCCUGGUUUCAACUGAGAUGCAUGCAAAUUGGAGGAAAUGCAAAUGCUAUUGCAUUCUUCUGUCAACAUGGUUGCAACAGCAAUGACACCAAUGCAAAAUAUAACAGCCGUGCUGCCCUGCUUUACCGAGAGAAACUCCGAUCACUGGCAGUUACUGCAACAAGAAAAUAUGGAACUGCGCUGUGGAUCGAUGAAUUGCCGAAUCCACCUUCAUCUCCUCACAAUAAAGAUGAAGACUUCUUUGCCUCACACACUACAUCCACCAGUGUUCAGUCAUCAGAUCAGAGCUUUCAUCUCAUCCUCCCAGAGUUGUCCUCAUCUGAAAAAACACAGCAAGCAGACAACAGUGGUGAGCAAGAACAUGGGCCAAGUGUGGAUUGUCUCAGCGUGUCCCCUAAGGAAGCAUUAGCUGACUCAAUGAGUUUAGUUUCUGCAGGAGUCACACCUAACAAAGAUGUCAAGUCCUCUAUCAUGACAAAGAAGAAAUCUUCAACAGCAAAGAAAACGCUGGGUGCGAAGAAGGCCGGUUUAGGAGCACAGAAGGUGACUAGUCACAGCUUCAAUGAAAUCGAUAAACAGGCUCAGGCUGCAGAUCGAAUGAAAGAACAAGAUGAUUUGAACUCCAGUAAGAAGGUGGAGAUGGAAGAGUCAGUAGUUUCGUCCCUUCGUCUUGCGUAUCAAGACCUGGAAAUACAAAGGAAGAAGGAAGAGGGGAAGAUGAAGAAAAUGGAAGGCAAGAAGAAGGAGCAGGCCGAGCGCCUGGGCAUGGGGCUCAGUGGCAGAACUGGAGUUUCCCAUUCUGUGCUGUCAGAUAUGCAGACUAUAGAACAAGAAACUCCUACUAUUGCAAAAUCAUCCAGAAGAAAAUAUGAUGAUGAUGAAGAACCAGCAUUUACUACUUCUCGUUCCAGAUAUUUUGAUGAUCCACUGGAUAUGGGAGGGUCAUUUUCAAAAUGGGACGACAGCAGUGAUUCAUUUUGGAAGACAGAGAGCAGCAGCAGAGAGAAGGAGACAUUUACUUCAAAAAUGUCAUUAAAUGACGGACCCGCACGUCGUAAACCAGACUUGGAUUAUGGAGUAGUCUCUGAGGAAGCACAGAAGAAAUUUGGCAACGUCAAAGCGAUAUCUUCGGAUAUGUAUUUUGGGAAACAGGAAAUGGCAGAUUAUGAAAGCAAAACACGCCUGGACCGGUUUGCAGGAAGCUCCUCCAUCAGCUCGUCUGAUCUGUUUGAAGGGGAUAAAAGACAAACACCAGCUAACGUGUCUCUGACCAACGUCCUACCUUCAGCUCCUGAUAUGGCACAGUUUAAGCAAGGUGUCAGGUCCGUGGCGGGGAAGCUUUCUGUGCUGGCUAAUGGAGUGAUGACUUCCAUUCAGGAUCGGUAUGGCUCCUAACUGGACGAUAAAAAUAUAAAGAAGUGAAUAUGAAACCUUUCAGAAGUGAUUUACAUUUGGGUGCCUGAUACACCUUUUGAUUAUCAAAAUAUUUUGAAGGAUUUUUUCAUUUAACAUGGAAAUAUGUUGUCACAGUCGAUGCUGGUUUGGCAUCUGCUGAAGUCUGUUCUCAGUCCUCUUCGAGUUCUCCCAGUCGCACUGUCUCAGGUAAAACUCUGCUUUGGAAAGAGAGGGAGUGGGGAAAAACUCACGGCUAGGCUGGGGAAAUUACUUUCAAGUCAUUAGAAUGUGUUUUCUUUUUCUUGUUUAAACCAGGCAGGAAGGUAUUAAGUAUGUAGAGCUUUAGUUAGUUUGGGAAAAGGGUGCAAUAUUCAAUUUAAAAAAAAAAAAAAAAAAAAAGAAAAAUGCUAUACAGAUAUAUAUUAAAAUAUGGGUCAAUGCACAACUAAGAAAGUGCUCUUAUAAAUUGGGAUUUGCUUCUUGCAAGAAACAGUGUUUGCAUAAUUAAAACACUAUACUGAACUCAGAAACGAGUGUACCCUUUCUAAAGUGGAUUGGAACUGGUCACCUUUUGAUUGGGUUAGCCAGUUACAAGGUAGGAUUGUCUGUGGGUACACGGACCAGACGACAUGCCAAACACCCCCUUGUUAGACAUUAGAAACAUGUAGCCUGUAGGAAAUUGAAAAAGAUGACAAUUUAAACCAGACAAAGAUGGCCAUGCACCAUAUUGAGAAUGACAGGCAGUUGGGACGUGACUCAGUUCACAGCCUGUGGGGUUUGCUUUUUGGAAACCAAUUAUUUCUACUCACGGGACCAAUUAAAUAAAUGUAAAUGGUAAUAUACGGUCACUGUAUAUUGUAGUGAAUCUUUAAUUUUGGAUCAUUAUGUUUAAAUUGCACACUUUUCCGGUGGCAAAAAGCUGGACUGAGAUUUGUAACAACAUGUAUUUCUAAUAAUAAAAAAACAGAUGCAUUUGCUUCAUUGAAA